UGCUAGCUGAGCGUUUGUAGAUCUGGGAUGCAUUCCAGGACAAAUGCCAAACCAGAAGUGGUGGUUUUGUUCACGUCCCCUGUGUUUUAUAAAGCUGAAAUAACUCAGGAAGACUAAAGCACGCUGUUACUAACCAGGCUGAACAACAACUCUUCAUCCCUCCUUAAAUAGCACCGUUUCCACCAUCAAGCCCUCGCUGCUGUUUCAACAAUGAACUAUGGGAAACUCCCAGCAGUGAGUGAAAAAUGGCUAGGUUUAGGCUCAAAUCCUGCAUCAGCUUAGUCUCCUUAGCAUUGCUCCUGGUCAUCAUAACGCUGGUUUUAAAGGCCCUUGCCCCAGAGGACUCUCCUUUUGACAGCCCUGGUGAGGUUGAAAUAAAUAUUAACAGACAGACUGCUCCUCAGAACCAGAGAGACUUCAACAAAAGACCUGAAGAGACAAAAAUGAGCGACCCUGUUGAGUCAGUCAAGGAUGCAGAGCUGGAAAGCACAUUGAGGAAGUUUCCUCCUCCCAACUACUAUCUCCAUGCCUUCUACUAUAUAUGGUAUGGAAACCCCACAUUUGAUGGCAAAUACAUCCACUGGGAUCAUCCACAGCUGCCACAUUGGGAUGCAAAGGUUGCUCAGGAAUAUCCACAAGGAAGGCACAACCCCCCUGAUGACAUUGGGGCCAACUAUUACCCCUCCUUAGGGCCGUACAGCUCCAGGGAUCCCUCAGUUUUAGAGGCACAUAUGCAGCAGUUGCGUACAGCAGCCAUUGGUGUCAUCGCUAUUUCCUGGUAUCCCCCUUCCACAAAUGAUGACAAUGGUGAGCCAAUUGAUGAAAUCAUACCUUCUUUGCUGGAGGUGGCACAUAAAUACCACAUAAAGGUUGCUUUUCAUAUUGAGCCCUACAAAGGAAGAGAUGAAGUCAACAUGUUUACCAAUGUCAAAUACAUCAUUGAUAAAUAUGGAGAGCAUCCUGCAUUUUUCAAGUACCGGACAAACGCUGGCAAACUCCUUCCACUUUUUUAUGUGUAUGACUCCUACUUAAUGAACUCAGAGCAAUGGGCUAAGCUGUUGAAACACACAGACAGCAGCAGCAUCAGGGACACACCGUAUGACGCCAUCUUCAUCGCCCUACUAGUUGAAGAGAAACAUAAGCGAGAGAUCCUUACUGCAGGGUUCGAUGGCCUCUACACCUACUUCGCUACCAACGGUUUCACAUACGGCUCCACUCAGCGCAACUGGGUCUCUAUCAAAGCCUUCUGUGACGAUAACGACCUCAUAUUCAUUCCGAGUGUGGGCCCAGGAUACAUUGACACAAGCGUUCGACCAUGGAACUUCAAAAACACUCGAAAUCGCAUCAACGGCAAAUACUACGAAACCUCGCUGAGUGCGGCGCUGGAGUCCAGACCCGAUUUUAUCUCCAUUACCUCUUUCAACGAGUGGCACGAGGGGACUCAGAUUGAGUCGGCCGUUCCCAAAACGGGUCAAACCGUGUACCUGGACUAUCUGCCGAAUAAGCCGACCAUCUACCUGGAGAUAACUCGCAAAUGGGCAGCAAUAUUUGGUGGAGAGCGACAAAGAUGGCAGGACUGAUCAUAGAGCCUAUUUAUUGAAAAUUAUAUAUACUACUGAAAAACUCAUUUAAUUUGUGAAAUGGGCUACAAUUUGAAAAUGAUGGCUGGUUGUUUAAGAAAUUUUAAAUGAGGUAAAGCCACAGCGGAGAUAACGACUCAUUCACUAUGUUAAUUUUGACUUCAGUUAUGUAUUUUUUUAAUUUUAAUUUUUU